CUCGUGUAUAUAAACCCUGCAACUCGAACUUUUACCGCGAGCUCCACUUUUCUCUCUCUGUGCGCGCAUUUUUUCGAUUCUCAUCACUCAGAUUCAAGAACACAGACGUUAAUAGCUGUGAACUAAGAUGGAAGACCCUCAGAAGAAUAAGAAUAUGAAGGAGAAAGAUUCUAUGCCAGAUCUGGAUAUUGGAGAUGAUUUCUUUUCUUGGAAAUCAAUUUCAAUGGGAGAGGGAGAUGGGCUGGAUUUGGACUUCACCCCAGUUUCUAAGGGAAAUAAGGACACAUUCAACUUUGGCAAAGAGGAUAUGGAUUUUAAUUUGGACGAUGAUUUCGGAAAGAUGUCGUCUUUCAAUUUGGAUAUGUCAGAUCUGGAUAUCUCACCACAAGAGAAAAAGGAAGCAAAAUCAAAGGAGAAGUCACAAGAAUCAUCCAGUGGAAAGAAUAAAGGACAAACUGAUCGUUUCACUUUUGGAAUUGAUUUUGAUGAUGGGUUCGACGAUUUUGGUUUUGACUCAGUCCCAAGAAAAGAAGGUACAAAAGUUCAGAGUGACAAAAACAACAAAGAAAGUUCCCCAGAUUUCGGAUUUGACUCAAUCCCAAGAAAAGAAGGUACUAAAGUUCAGAGUGACAAAAACAACAAAGAAAGUUCCCCAGAUUUCGGUUUUGACUCAAUCCCAAGAAAAGAAGGUACAAAAGUUCAGAGUGACAAGAACAACAAAGAACGUUCCCCAGAUGGAAGUGGCUGUCAAGAUAAGGAAAUAUCUACUUACAAAAAUGAAACUGGAAGUAAGAGUACUUCAAAAGGUGGCGUGCAAAAGCCAUCUUUUGACCUGGUUCUUGAACCCACAAGGAAAAUUUGUCCUCCAAAGUUGGGAAUGGAUGAUGGUGUUACUCAAGAACAUUUAACUGGAGCAGAUGAAGUGAAAGGUCCUCUGGAGACAACAAUAUCCAGGGAAAUACCUGAUGUCAGUCCAUCUGAAAGGUUGGUUCUCCUAGAACAAGCUGAUCUUCAAGCUUGUACUGAAAAUGAUGUAAUGCUGGACUUGUCAUCCGGUCCUCUAUCUAAGAAUGAGCCAAGUGGAUGUAAUUCAUCAGCUCUGGAGAAAAAGGUAGAUUCUGUGGACGCAAGUAAGAGUGGCUCUCACGGAGAACAAGAUGCUAACACUGCAUUGGUAGCUGAUUCAACAUUUGAUUGCAAACAUGCAACAUCUAGAAACUCACAGCACCACCAAGCAGAUGCAAUCUCAGAGAACAUUGCUGAGACAGGUGGACAUGAUUCAUCAGUGGCAGAGAGCAAGCUCAGCUGUAUGGAUACAAAUGCUAGCAGCUUAAAUGGAGAACAAGAUGCUAACAUAACAUCAGUUGUUGGUUCAACCUGUGAAUACAAGCAUACAUCUAAAGCCUCACAGCACGAUCAGGCUGAGGUGUUCUCAGACAACAUCAAUGGCGAAAGGACUCAGGAUGGGAUCCAAAAUCUCGUGGAAGGCGAUGCAGGAAGAGCUGAACUAGGUCAAACUAACCCACAAGUUGAAAUUCCAUGUGCAACUGGUGUUUUAUCAGGGAUGCCCUGUGACAGUGAUGCACAAUCUAGCAAGGAGAAUCAGGAAUUUUCUUGUAAAAUGCUCAAGCCUUCAUUAACCAGUCAGCCAGCUAAUCCACUGCAAAAGCCAAUUCAAAACAUAAAAGAGCCUCUUAUGAAAUGCCCACAACCUUCAGUUCAGUUAGUGAAACCUGAAUGUCCCAUCCCAAAGGCGUCAAUCCAGGCAACUUUGUCGUCAUUAAGUAGUAAACAGAUGAGCUCUGCUCUACCAAGUCUAGUUCAAGCAAGGAGUGGUGAUGCGACUCAAAGUGAGAAAAAAUUAUCAUUGCAAUGUUCUAAAACACUACUGAGGGGGAUUAUUCCCCAGAUUCAGAGCCAGAAAAGCUGCAGUCCUCUAAAGAUUCAUGGUAUGGAAACCAAUCAUAAACGAGCAGAAAGCAGUGAAAAUCCAAAAUUAUUAGCAUCUAUACUGUCAAAUAAAAACACUCCUGUGCAAGUGGAUAGAACUUCUGCUAUCGAAGGUGGUAGGAAGCUCCCUGAUACACCUGCUCUGAAACUCUCGAGAUUAAGCAUUGAUUCGACAAAGCCACCAAUUUUGACAAAGAGCAGACCAGUUGAAAGCAGUAGUCAGAAAAGUGUUUCAGUUAGCAAAUCGCCACUUUGUACUGCUAAUCUUAGGGACAAGUGUAAGCCAAUGACUUCUACCCUAUCUGUGAAGCGGACACUAGAGGACGACACUGCAGAUACUAGUACCCUCCAUCCAGCUAAACGUCUUUCGCCACAAGUAGCAAGGAGCAGGAGUUUCGUAGAAACAUCAGAAAAGGUUCUGGAAAAAAAGUCACCCAUACCCAUCAACCACAUGAAAGAUGAUCGCAUCAAAAGCACCACCGUCAACUGCCAAGUCGUUCCACUUGCCAUCUCCCAUGACUUCAAGACUAAAGGAUUAGAGAUAACAUCCUCGACAAGAGAUGAUAGCAAUAUUAAACUGGCCAAUGCUUACAGCAAGGAACUUGAUGACCUUUGCGAUCUCCUCAGCAAGAAAAGUGAUGAAGCCAAAGAACUACUGGCUCGAUCAGUAUUGAACAGCAAUAAGCUGAUGAUGCUCAAUGUCCCCCUGUUGGAGGAGAAGAUCUGCGCAACGCAGAAUUCGUUUGCCAGGUUAACACUCGGCAGCAACAAAGGAUGAAAUCAUCAACUUGGGCAGUUAUUUUUCAUAUGAAGGUAGCAGCAUUAUCAAUGACUUUGGAGAAACUGAAUCUGCUCUUACAUUUCAACGGCAUUGCACACAUGAGCGUGGUCUCCUCAUCUCAUCGUUUGCAGUGGUAAUUCAAUAAUACACCUUCACUUUCAAGAAUCCAAAAAUACUUGUUUCAUAAGAUCAAUAGAUCAGCCCGGUUAAAUAAAAAUAAUCAUAGUAUUAUAUAAUGUGGACAUUUUACUUUGAUAUAACAACUCUUCAAAAAAACAUAAUUGAAAUAAAUUAAUAUCGCAACUUUUAAUAAUAAAUUUAAUAAUAUCAUUACAAAGAAAAUAAAAGCACUAAAAAGCCUACGUUAUUUAAGUGGGACAUAUUUUGAAAAUCAAUAAAUUAGAACACAACAAUAUUCAAAUAACACUGUUCAGAAAAACAUACUAGUAAUUGAAAUAAAAUUUAUUGCAACUUUGAUUAAAGAUUAAAAGAAAAAUAAAAGUUCUAAAAAAAUCCGACCUACCGGAUUCGACCAGUGACCUAAGGAUAGCUAUGAACACACUACAGUCCUCCGCUCUACCAACUGAGCUAAGGUCGGAU